AUGGCUAGAAUAAAUUAUAAACUAUCAGAAAAGACAAGAGAUAAUCGUUUAAAGAAACAACUUAUCGAAAAUGGAUUUCAUUAUGUUGAACAAGCAUUAAAAUCUGGUAAACAUAAUUAUUCCGUACAUAAAUGGUAUGCCAUAUUAUUAAAUGCAAAAAGUCAAUUUAAUAGUAGUGAAGAACAAAUACAAAAUACAUUUGAAAUUAAAAAACAUUUUCAAGAAGCCAUAAGAUUAAAUCCAACAGAUGCAAUGUCCUACUAUUUUCUAGGCAUCUGGCAUUAUGAAGUUGCACAUUUAUCAACAUGGAAACAACGUAUUACAAAACUAAUUUAUGGUGAAAGUCCACAAUCAACAAUACGUGAAGCUUUAAAAUAUUUUAUAUUGGCAGAAGAAAUUGAUCCCGGUUUUUAUAAUAAAAAUAUGCUAAUGCUUGUCAAAUGUUAUUAUGAACUUAAUGCCAAACCGUUGGCAAUGGAAUUUGCUAAAAUCAUAUUAGAAAAAGAGUGUAAAACUAACGAAGAUCAGGAAAUUUACAAUGAAGUUAUUCAAUUAAUACCAAAAAUAAAAAAAUUAAAGACGUUUAAAGGACAAAUGGGUUAA